AUCUCACCAUGACCUCAGCCUGAGGCAUUGCCUUGGAUUUGGCUGGCCAUAUUCCACCACAAGGCUGUCAUCGCGACGUCAUGAACUCUUGCCAGCAGAGAAUAUAAGCCAUGUGACCUUUCCUCUCAUAUAACAUACCCUGCUACAUCUUCUCUACUCGGCUACUCUUCAUCAAAUCGUCCAAUCUAACAGCUUCCUAUAAUAAUCAUCAACACACCUACACAAUGGCUACUUUGCACUAUCUUCCUCCUGUUAAGCCCUCGGCUAUCGCCCUAGGCACUGUCUUCACUCACACUGCCUCCCUCGGAAUUCUCACCCCUGUCUUCGGCGACGCUUACCACCGAGCUCAGGCCGCCAACACAAAGGAAGAGUUCCUCAAGUCUAAGGAGACCAGCAGUGCUGUCGCCGCCUGGGGUAGCUCUGUCGUCGGAAGUGCUCUCCAGACUUAUGGCGUUGCCGCCCUUAUUAACGCUACCGGUACCUUGACUUACAAGGGAGCUGCCUAUCUCGGAACCUUGAUUUUCUUUGCUAGCUCUGCUCCUGGCCUCAUCUCUCAAAUCAUUACUGAAAAGCGUCCCUUAGAUACCGUCGCUAUUGGUGCUGUCAGCAGAGUAUUCGAGACUGUCGGUCUCAGUUUGUUCUUGACAUGGUGGGGAACUCGGACCAACCCUUUCGACUAAGGGAUUUAGGUUCUCAGCAUGUACUGUCCGUUAAUUGAUCCGUGUUCGAAUGAUUGGCAUGGUUCCUUCGGCGGGAUAUAACGAUCCGUUUCAGAUGUAUAAUAACUUUUGAGAAUUUGGCAAUUGAGCUUUGACGUUGAAUAUGAAUCAUCGCAUCCG